GACACGACGACGCCAUAUUUAAUUUGCUACUAAAAUUUCGUAAGGUUGGCAGCACAUUGUCGGCGCCAUCUGGCGGCAUCAGUGUUGAGUAGCGUUAGCUUGUCAUCUGUUUGAAGCAACAACAGCUGCGAUUCGGAAGCAAAUAAACACACAACUGAAACGAAGUAAUUUCACAACCCAUUUGAUUUAAUAAGUUUGUUGACAAUUAGGGGGCAAAUUGAGGCACGGCAAAUGUCGGCAUUUAUCGAGGAAACAAAAUGCCUGCUGCCGCGUAUCGCUUUCCUAGCUUGCGGCUGUUUCAGUCCGCCCACGCCAAUGCACCUGCGUAUGUUUGAAAUUGCGCGAGAUCAUUUUGAGAUGAAUGAGAUGCAUAAGGUGGUGGGUGGCAUUAUAUCGCCCACACAUGAUUCGUAUGGUAAAAAGGGUCUUGCUCCAUCUGCCGAUCGUCUUGCUAUGGUGAAGUUGGCAUUGCAAAGCUCUACCUGGAUACGUCUCUCGGACUGGGAGGUAAAUCACCCACAGUGGGUACGCACUCGGUCAGUCUUGCAAUAUCAUCAAAACUACAUGAACAAUUACGUCAACUCGCCCGGCGAUAAAGAGCAAAGUGGUCCGUUACCUGGAUGGUUGCCGUAUAAUUUGCGUGAGCGUAAAGAUCCCAUACAGCUAAGGCUGCUGUGCGGCGCAGAUCUUCUGGAGUCCUUUGCAAAGCCUGGACUCUGGGCGGACGAAGAUAUAGAGGAUAUUGUGGCUAAUCAUGGACUAGUAGUCAUCACGCGCUUUGGCUCAAAUCCUGAACGAUUUAUAUUUGAAUCUGACAUUCUUACCAAAUAUCAGCGGAAUAUAACACUUAUUACCAAUUGGGUCCCGAACGAAGUGAGCUCUUCGUUGGUUCGUCGAUUGUUGAACCGUGGCCAGUCAGUUAAGUACUUGCUGGACGACUUAGUUUUGGAGUACAUCAAACGAACAGGACUAUACAACAUGAAAUCUAAGUAUAUAACGGAUACAGUGCAACCGAAUCGUUUGCUUUUCAAUCGCGCCUACAUGGAAAACAUUAAGAAUGCAACCAGCUUAGCACAAAGCCCACCCACAGACGACGAUGACGAGGGGGACGAACAGCACAUGGAUGAGACGGACAGCCUACUAAAACGCCAAGCCCCGCGUGUCUUCUGCUGCGGUGAAGCGUCCUCGCCGGUACAGGCGCGUGCAACAAAGCUUAUGCUCAAUCGCUCUGGACCCGGCCAGGCGGUGCAGGUUAUAACUGUGGAGAGCGCUAUGGGCACCGACAAGAUAGAAUCUCAGGCAAAGAAGCAGAAAAUUGCCCAAGUACAGCAGCUCUAAAUGAGGGUACUGGAAUAAUACAGGAAUACAGGAAUGUUGUUGUUUUUAUUAAACACACCAUAACUAUUUGUAUUUAUCUGUACUAUAUGCAAAAUAAAUACAUAUGUUACUCACAAAGCAAA